CCCAAAUCCUUUGGGUAUGAUUGUUUUGUUUCGUGGCGUAACCUACCUUGAACCGAAAUGAAAUGCACGUCCACACACACCAGCCCAGAUUACGGAAAUUGGACUUUGCAGCAGUUCAGAGGUAAUACAAAAGUAGUCUACCAACAUCGAGGCAGAAGCGCAUUUGGGAAAUAAUGCAAGCAAUUGAAGAUCUGAGGCAGGCCUUCUCCAGUUUGGAGCCCAAGCACCAGCAUAUUUUGGCAGCAGGAUCUGUUGCCGUGGGCGGUGUGUUGACCUAUCUGCUAUGCAGAAAGAGGGAGGCCAAAAGCAUUCCUAUGCUUGAGGAAUGGUGGGGCCCAGGAGUGAGACCUGAGGUAGAGGAGGAGAACAUUUACCCCUUCACAGUACAAACCUCAGAAGAAGAGAUUCAGGAUCUUUAUGAUCGCAUUGACAAGUCACGCUACACAGAGCCCCUGGAGGAUUCCUGCUUCCAGUACGGUUUCAACUCCACCCAUCUCCAGAGGGUGGUGUCCUAUUGGAGGAAUCAGUUUGACUGGAAAAAGCAGAUUACUGUACUUAACAAGUAUCCCCACUUCAAGACCAACAUAGACGGCUUAGACGUGCACUUCAUUCGUGUUCGUCCGCCCCAUCGCGAGGGGCAGAAGGUGGUGCCUCUCAUGCUGGUCCACGGCUGGCCUGGUUCCUUCUAUGAGUUCUACAGGAUCCUGCCCCUGCUCACAGAGUCCCAAGACGACCUGGUGUUCGAGGUCAUCUGCCCUUCCAUCCCGGGGUAUGGCUUCUCUGAGGCUCCCCAUAAACAAGGGUUCACCAGUCUGGCUGCUGCCACGGUCUUCCUCAAGCUGAUGGAACGUCUUGGGUUCUCCAGGUUCUACCUGCAGGGUGGCGACUGGGGCUCGCUCAUCACCACCAACAUGGCCCAGAUGAAACCUCAGAGUGUGAAAGGUCUUCAUCUGAACAUGAUAACUGCGCCACGAAAAGGAUUUGGAAUUCUGAUGUCUCUCCUGAUUGGACCCUAUCUGCCUUUCCUGGUGGGGCUAACGAAGGAAGAUGUCCGCCGGCUGUUCCCCUUCAUGGAGAAGAACGUGUAUGAGAUUCUGAGAGAGACAGGGUACAUGCACAUCCAGGCCACCAAGCCAGACACAGCAGGUUGUGGUCUGAACAACUCUCCAGUUGGUCUGGCUGCCUACAUUCUGGAGAAAUACUCCACCUGGACUGACUUUAACAACAGGGACUUGGAGGAUGGGGGGCUGGAAAGGAAAUUCAUUCUGGAUGAUCUCCUAACCAACAUCAUGAUCUACUGGAGCACAGGCAGCAUUGUCUCCUCGAUGCGUUUCUACAAGGAAAACCUCAAGACCAAUGUGGAUAACAGACUGGAUAGCAGGACUGGAGUGUUUGUGCCGACAGGACUGGCAGCUUUUCCUAACGAGCUCUUUCACUGUCCUCGUUCGUGGGCCAGUCACAAGUUCAGAAACAUCUACUCCUACUCUUACAUGCUUCGGGGCGGGCACUUCGCUGCCUUCGAGGAGCCCAUGCUGCUGGCAGCAGACGUGGUCCAGUUUGUUAAGAAAGUUGAAAAAAUGUAACGUUUCUCGUGUGAUCGAAUACUCUUAAAAUCGAAACGCUUUGCCUUGAUAUGCGCUUUAGAUCCUGAAGUGAAUGAAUAUACAUGUAUCUGUAUGAUGCUUUGCCUAAUUCUGCUAAAUGGAUUGAAUGUAAACGUAAAAUAUUGAUGUGAUAACUGAUAGAUCAACAUAGGGUCCAAUGAUAAUCAGUUUCCUGUGAAAUCUUUUUUUAUGUCAAGUUUAGUAGUUAUUGAAGAGUACCUAGAUGGACAAAAAUGACAAACACUACAGAGCUCUCAUGAGUUUAAACUACCUAGACUGAAAAAGGUUAUGUUAAUUUACCUGAUAACAACCCUUAAUUAAUAUAGUGUAGGUAGUGGUGUUAUGGUAGCAGAAUGACUUGCACUUGUUACUUUAUUGAAUACUGAACUUUCAGGUUGUACAAUAAAGUUUUAAAGCAGA